AUGGAGGUUGGGUUGAGGGAGAGCUGCUUUGCAGAGAGCCUCCUCAAACAACUGCAUGGUGCCAAAGCAGAGACGGUUGAAACAUCACUGAAAUCUCGACGACGGUGUCGCAGAGUAGACGUGCCUUCGACAAUAAUAAUGCGCGCACGGCAAACAUCAGGGCACUCGUGA